CAAUAGCGGAAGCAAGAUGGCGUCUCUCGGGUCGCCGCUGCGCACUUUUCGCGGUUUACUGAGGGAGCUCCGUUCUGCUCUAGGAGGGAGCGAUGUCUGUUACAGAAACAAGGCAGCAUAUCGUUACUUGAAGGAAGCUUUCCGCUGCCAUCGGGUAACCAGUGAAAAACUCUGCAAAGCCCAGCAUGACUUACAUUUUCAGGCUGCUACUUAUCUCUGUCUUCUGCGUAGUAUCCGGGAACACUUAGUACUACAUAAGGAAUAUCAUGGCAAAGGGGAUACUACACGUCAGCGAAUUAAAUUCAGUGAUGACAGAGUGUGCAAAAGUCAUCUUCUCAACUGUUGUCCUCAUGAUGUCCUUUUAGGAACAAGGAUGGAUCUUGGAGAAUGUCUGAAGGUGCAUGAUUUGGCGUUAAGAGCAGAUUAUGAAAUUGCAUCAAAAGAGCAAGACUUUUUCUUUGAACUUGAUGCGAUGGAUCACCUGCAAUCAUUCAUUGCUGACUGUGAUAGGAAAACUGAAGUGUCAAAGAAAAGACUGGCUGAAACUCAAGAAGAGAUCAGUGCUGAAGUUGCAGCCAAAGCUGAACGAGUCCAUGAAUUAAAUGAGGAAAUAGGAAAACUGCUUGCUAAAGUUGAACAACUUGGAGCUGAUGGAAAUGUGGAAGAGUCUCAGAAAGUAAUGGAUGAAGUAGAGAAAGCAAGGGCAAAGAAAAGAGAAGCAGAGGAAGUGUACCGGAAUUCCAUGCCUGCUUCCAGUUUCCAGCAGCAAAAGCUACGGGUCUGUGAAGUAUGCUCAGCCUAUCUUGGCCUACAUGACAAUGACCGGCGACUUGCUGAUCAUUUUGGAGGAAAAUUGCACUUGGGUUUUAUUGAAAUAAGAGAAAAGCUUGAAGAACUAAGGAGAGUUGUGGCUGACAAGCAAGAGAAACGAAAUCAGGAACGUUUAAAGCGGAGAGAAGAAAGGGAGAAAGAAGAAAGAGAGAAGUUAAGAAGAUCUCGUUCUCACAGCAAGAACCCCAAAAGAUCUAGAUCCCGAGAUCGCCGUAAACAUCGAUCUCGGUCAUCCUCUCGUGAACGAAAGAAAAGAACCCGUUCCAGGUCUCGUGAAAAGCGACAUCAUCAUAGGUCUCGUUCUACUAGUCGCAGCCGUAGUCAAAGUCACCAUAGGAGCAGGCAUAGCUCCAGAGACAGAAGCAGAGAACGCAAUUCCAAAAAAAGAUCAUCAAAAGAAAGAUCUUCCAGAGAUCAAGAACGAACCAGAGAUCGUAACAGAACAUCAUGUGACAAAGAAAGUUGCCCCAGAGAAAAGUCUCCAAGAGAUCGAAACUGCAAAGAAAAGAAGCGAUCUUAUGAAAGUGCAAAUGGUAGAUCAGAAGACAGGAGAAGCUCAGAGGAGCGUGAAGCAGGAGAGAUAUAACUGGCUGUACAUUCACUUGAUCCUUUACCUUCCUAUGAAGUUGCAUACUGUGGUUUAGUUUACAGUUAUUAAAAGGGACACCAGUGAGCAAUUCCAAUGUUUAUCCAUCUAGGAUAGAUGUACAGUGUAUAAAUAUGGUUAUAAUGAAGUCUGAAUUGAUCCGUUUCCAUUGAUGAUAACUCAAUUGAUGAUAAAUGAAGCAGUUUCCUUUUUUCUUCUCUUCCAGUAAACUUAUAAGACAUAUUUUCAAAGAUCUAUCUUCAAGAUACCAGGUUUAUGUACCAACAUAAUAGAUUUAAAUGUUUUAUUCUCCAAUACAGGUUAUAGUGAACAAAACUAUAGUGUGCUCUUUGCUUUGGAUGCUUUCAAAACUUUAUAAGCUCUUCUAAUUUUAUUCUUUCAAACAGCAGCACUGAAUCAUUUUUAAAGAGGUUGAGUGGGUUCCAGGCUUUUAUUACCACCAGAAGAUUGCGUUCUCAGUUCCUUCUUGAGAACUGAACAUGUUUGGCAAUGUUUAGGUUGGGGACAUGUGCUGAAGAAAAUGACAACUUUUAAAUUUUAUUUUUACAGUGCCUAUUUAGACUUGGAAGUCAAACAGCUGUUGCAUUUCACCCUUUAAUUUGUUUUGAAACUUUGAAAUCAAAGCCAGUCCCAUAUCUUUGUACAAUUUAAUUGGUCUAUGUUAAGUAUAUUUGUUUUUUCUUUCAAAAUGAUUUUUCUGGGGGGUUUUCUUAUGGUGUGUUUACUGCACAUCCUUAAUUGUAUACAGCAAACAACAAUAAAGUAAGCAAAAAUAAUUUUUGUCCAGUGAAAUAGCUGUGUGUUCCCACUCCCUCUUAACAACUGAAGUGCAUGCUUCUAACAUUGCUACGUUUUUCAAUUAAAUCUGGAAACCUAUUCUCAUAUUUAUUUGAAAGGCAAUGUUUCAUACAUUUGUUCAUGAGUGUACUAUUAAGUCUAAAAUACUUUAUGUAAUUCAUAUUUCUAUGCAUAUGAAAUACAACUUUCUUUGAGGAGGUAAGUUUUAACAACUGAAUUGUGCACUGACAUUCCAACAGACAUUUUAGACAAGAGUAGAGAAAUUUAUUGUCAGAUAUAUCAUUGCAUAAAUAUACUUCAACAA